AGUCAAUAACACUAAAUCAAUCUGCCGCUUUUCCGCAAACGUUUUGGCUAAGGUGGCACACAUGCGCACUCUCACACUGACACGACUCCGUUGGUUGAAUUGUGCUGCCCCGUGCCUGACGACACCGUGAGUCUUCCAUCUAGCGUCCAGCGGAAAUGUGCGACACAUCUGCCACUGCAGACGACGUAGAGCUACGCUUGUUGAAUCACUGUCUCAGCAAUUCUGUUCAGGUGCACUACCUCGUGACUAGCUCCUUCACAGGGGAUAGCUGGCAGUCCUCAUCUCUACUGGAGGCAGACACGCAGCGUUACAUGAAGGCAUUGCUGAUGAAGUACGGUACCAGCACCGCGCUUCGUAGUCGCCUCGUCUCUGGUGAUUCAUUGUAUUACCUGCAGUGCCUGACGAAUGCGGAGACGCGUUGUGACUUUGUUCGCGUGGCUGCCGCGCCCUUCUUUCCUUUGGCGUCUGCUGAGUGA